AGCACCGCCGCAACCACCCACGGCGCGGAGUGAAGGCGCACUCGUUGGACCUUGCGCAAGCGAUACUGGCACGUCCGAACAUCGACGCUACUCUCAACUGUUCGAUGCGCUGAAGUGCGCGCAUAGCUCCUUCCUCGACGCGCCUCACACCUGCCGCAAUGGCGAACAACCACUUCCCACCCGGGAUGCCCUUUCCUUUCGCGUUCCCGCAGAUGCAGCAGCCGCAGAACGGCCAGCACGAUGGUCAGCCGCCUGCACCCCCGCCGCCGCCUGGCUGGAAUAUGCCUGGCCUGCAGCAAUAUCCCCCCCAGCCAUACGCGCCACAGCCAGGCCACGCCGAGAACCAGAACAACCUGCCGCAGUUCCCCCCAGCUGCCCUGAACUGGCCGCCGCAGUGGCUGCAGGCAAUGCAGAGUGGCAUGCAGAGUGGCAUGGUACCGCCGCCGCUGCCCGGCCUCCAUUUCCCUCCUCCCUCUCUCCCGCAUACCCCGCAAGCUCCGCCGACACCGAUUGCGUUUCAUCCACACGUUCCCCCGCCAUUUCCUCGACAACCCCCGAUCGCUCCCGCCUCGGCCCCCUUUGAGCGCGUGCAGGAAGUGAUGGACAGCGACAGGGAAGAUGGCGAGGUCAGCGAUCCUGAUCGCAAGCCAGGGACACCAGCAGGACUACCAAUUCAUGCCGCGCGUCAAAGGUACCCCGCGCCUCCGCGCUCUGCGCCGCAGCCAACAGCCGCGCCUGCUCACGUCGAAGACGCUUACAACCCGGACAAGCCAUCCGCUGGCCAAACAGUACAGCAAGCCCCCGCGGUAAACGUUAGUCCGCAAGUAAAGACGGCCGUGAGCGAGGCGGACACGGUGCAGCUCCACCGUGAAGAGGUCAAGCAGUUCAUUCGGAUCCUGAAUGCGAACAAUGUUGGCUACCACGCUCUCGCCAAAGAAAACGUUGACUUGGAGCUUUUGAGGAGCUUGUAUAUCAGUAUGAACUUACCGUCAGAACCUGCGCCUAUCCCGCCACCCAAGACCAAUGGCACCGCUGCGACCAAGCCAUCAGCCAACAGUCAACCUUCAACGCCAGUUCCAAGCAUUUCGCAAAAGACCGUGCCUCCGGUAUCUACCAAUGUCGCUGCUGCCAGUGCUGCCCCAUCGCCAGUAGAUCGGAAAGACUAUCUAGCACGUCUGCAGGCAGCUAAGCUGGCGAGGAAGUCUGGGCCAGCCAAGGCCAGCCCUCCUCAGAAGUCACCAACUGUAGCUGCUGCUUUCCCUGCAGCCGGUACUAGCACUCCCCAGGCAGUCAUGACGCCGACAAAGAAGCCACCAGUCACGGACGAGCAGAAGGCGCGCCAGACCGAGUUGAUUAAGCAGCGACUAGAGGCGCUCAAGGCGCAAAGCAAGCAGAAUGCUGCGCCGCCUAACAGCGCCGCACAGAAGCAUUCUCAACCCCUCGGCUCACAGCCUCAAACAACAGGUACGGGCUCUUCGGCUCCCCAAACCCCUGCUGCAGGCUUUCCAGGCAUCCCCGGUCUAUUCAUGAAUGCGCCAGUGAGCUCAAGCAACGGAACGACAACGCCGUCAAGACAGCCACAGGCCAUUCCACAGAAGCGCCCAGCACCCUCGGAUACAUCUAUGUCCACGCCACGGGGUUCGGUGACCCCUUACAAUCGCCCUUACGUACAGUCCCCCCAUGCACAUCAAGACGACUCUAUGAUCAUCGAAGUCAGCGACGACGAGUCAAAUGGAAGCGAUAUGGACAUCGAUGAUGACCAAGCUCCGUCUGGAAUUCAGCUACCUCCCUCAUCCAUACCCGGAUUCCCACCUCGCCAAGCUCCUGUAGCCUCUACUGUUAGCACUCCCGGUCCGCAAACGCCUGCCACCCUUGCACGAACUGGAGAGCUUAGUACAAAGGAGCAAGAACUGGCAGCUUUGAAACUGACCCUCAAGAAGAAGCUUGCAGAGCAAAAGCGGAUUAAAGAGGCAGCAGAAGCUGCGACAGCGACAGCAUCGGCUACGACUACAUCGGCGACUACGACUCAGCAAGACACCCCCUCGAAGCCACAACGAACAGUCCCACCUGCUCCGGCUUCGAAUGGCCCUACCCCAUCAAGCAAGCUUGGCGGGGAAUCAUCGCGGGAUCGAAAGCGACGUCGUCGGACAGAAAUCCAAGAGCAGCUGCCUACUCUCGAUGAUGAAAUCGCGAAUAAUGAGGUCGAGAUGGCACGACUAGCGAAGGAUCUGGAGCGACUGAAGGCGGACAACGAUCGCAUCAUGCAAGACAAACAGCGUCUGACUCAAGAACUGGAAGAUCUUGGCAUCGACACCGAAGGCAUGUCCCAUGCCGACAUGCAAGCAACGAAAGAUGAAAUCGAGCGUGCCAUGUCGCCGGAGGUUGAGAAUGCUCCACAGAUUGGAGAUGGAGUUUCGCAAGAGCUCGCGCUGGAGACAGAGUCUGUUGACUCUAUCACCGCCCCAGUUCACAGUGAAGACAUGACCGCGACUGGAGCAAACCUACAGACACCUGUAUCCGAUGGUAGCCUGCGCGACCCACCACAGUUUGGCUUCCUCCCUGGGCUUGGCCAGUCCGCUCCCAAUGUCUCUGCCUCCACUGCACUCCAUUCUGCAGCACAGCCAGCGCGGGAACAAUUUGGGGAUGCAACUCACGACUCACGGCUCGCAUCCGACCUCCCCGAAUCUGCCGAGGCGCCGGGGCACGUUGGCAUCGUGAACGACCGUGCUUCAGCUACACCCAUGGACGACGACGAGGACUUCUACUCGCCACCACCAGUUGAUGUCAAUGUUGAAGUCGUGGCAGCACCAUCGUCUGAGCCACAGGGUGAGCAGCGUAAUGCGAAUCCUCCAUCGCCAUCUGAAGAGGGUGAAGUUGAGAUGUCAGAGUCUUCUGAAGAGGAGAGCGAGGAAGAGUAUGAGCCGGAAGAGCCCGUUGUUGACGAAUCUUUCGUUGACGAUACUGUUCUCGAAGCACCUGCUAUCGACCGGGAUGUCACUGCAUCGCAACAUGCUCAGCUGCCGGAGCCACCAGUAGAUCAAUCGCAGUCCAUUGGACAAUCGCAGGUCUCGACCGAAGACGAAGAGGCGUACGAGCCGCCUGACGUGGACAAAGAGAUGAGUGACGUUGCGUCUUCAGUCUAUGCCGCUCAGCCUGAAGUGUCGUCUCCUGAAGACGCAGAUGAUGGAGCUAUGGAUCUUGCAUCAUCUUCCUCUGACACCUCGGACGAUUCCGACUCGGAGUCAGACGGAGAGAUACAGUCAGAACUUGGGGACUCGGAGUCGCAGGUGGAUGUCGCACAACAUGACACUAAAAUUGCUGACGAUCUAGCACCUGAGCUGCAACCGCCGGCCUCGUCUGUGGCCGUCUCGGAUGCUGAAACUCAUACCGCCCCUGCUGUGGAGGAUGCUCAACCACCCGCAUUCACACCCUAUAAGAGCCCACUUCGCUUCUUCAAGUCGUAUCGUUACCACCCCAAUUUCUCACAAGAGGUCGAUGGCGGCUUCCUGUCCAUGACGUACAGUCAUCAGAUUGAUGACAGCAAGCCCCUGUGUCCGUUUGAGUCUGCAGGCGGAUCUUGCAACGACCCCGAAUGCCCUAACCAGCAUUUCCGGGGCAUGGGUAUCACUGGUGAGAAGCUGCUCGUGCAGCUCGGCACGGCCAACCCCGGCAAGACGCAAGAAGAGAAGCAGCAGUGGAACGACGGUUUGCGCAGCGUCCUGAAAGAUCUCCGCCAGAGAAGCAUCAAGGACCCCAACGGUAUUGCGCGCGAGAUCGCAAAGUACCGGCGACAGUUUCUUAACGACGACACGCGGGUCGUCAACCUGUGAGAUUGUAGACCAGCCUCCGCUGGGCACUGGAUGCGCUGUCCGUGCUCGGCUCUUGACCUUUGACUGUACAGCGCAGCUCUCGUUGCUCUUUUCCUCAUUCCCCUGCCGACCGAGCGCCUAUCCUUUUUCCCUGCGGGCGCACGGCGCCUGUCUUUUGGUUCGUAAGCAUCGAUACCCUUGCAUUGGGACGGCGUUGGGCGUCGCCGGCUUUAGCUCUGGCUUUUUGCCUGGCAUUGGUGCUGGCGCUGGUAUUGGUCCUGGCUUUGGCAGCAAUCAUAUGUGACUUGUAUACCGCACAGGCUGCUGCUGCCGUCCGCGCUGCCGUUGCCUGGCUCGCCACGUUACGUGACUUCUCGCGCUCAGCCGCUAGCCGAAGAGAUUCGCUUGUCUCAUGGGUUGGGCGGUGGGCGACGAGGUGGCGCGUGAUGCAUGGUGCGUGCGGGUGUGCGUGGUAGAUAGAUGAAUAUUAUUC